AUGGCCAGCACCUCUGCAACAUCGACUGUCACUGAGACGGCAACCGCCGUCCAGGGUGUGCAGAGCCUCUCGCUAAAGGCGCCAAAGGAGCACGUCGAGAUUUUCCGCAAGGAUUACAAACCGACCAUAUACGACAUCGACAGCGUGUUUCUCGACUUCGACCUUCAUGAGACCGCGACGGUUGUCAAGGCGGAGUUGUUGAUGCACCGCAAGGAAGGCACCGCCCCCGCCGACCUGGUGCUGCACGGCGAAGACCUUGACUGCAAGAAGGUUUCCGUUGAUGGGCAUGAGUUGGAGAAACGGGCGAUCUCGGGUUACAGCAUCGACGAUGAUGGCAAUCUGACAAUCCCGGUAUCCUUUUUGCCGUCUGAAGCCGGCAAGGCGUUCAAGGUGAACACCGAGGUCGUUAUCAACCCUGAGGCCAAUUUGCAGCUCUCUGGACUCUACAAGAAUAGCCUCUUGUUCACCACGCAGUGCGAAUCGCACGGGUUCCGCCGCAUCACCUUCUUCCUGGAUCGCCCAGAUGUGCUAUCCAGUUUCCGCGUGCGCAUGCAGGCGGACAAGGAGAAGUACCCCGUGCUGCUCUCGAAUGGCAACAAGGUUGCGAGCGGCGUAGACGGCGCGAAGCACUAUGCGGAGUUCGUCGAUCCCUACCGCAAGCCGUCCUACCUUUUUGCGCUGGUCGCGGGUAACUUGAAGUCGAUCAGCGGCACCUUCCGCACCAUGAGCGGGCGCGACGUGUUGGUCGAGGUGUCCUCGGAACCCGAGGACUCGACGAAGCUGCAGUGGGCGUUCGAGAGCGUGUUGAAGGCCAUGAAGUGGGACGAGGAGGCGUACGGACGCGAGUACGAUCUCGACGAGUUCCACGUGGUUUGCACCCGCGCGUUCAACUUCGGCGCCAUGGAAAACAAGGGGCUCAACAUCUUCAACUCAUCGCUUCUUCUGGCUGAUGUGAACACGACCACGGAUUCCGAGUUCAUCACCAUCAUGAGCGUCGUUGGGCACGAGUACUUCCACAACUGGACCGGCAACCGUGUGACUUGCCGCGACUGGUUCCAGCUGACGUUGAAGGAGGGUUUGACCGUCUUCCGCGAGUCCGAAUUCGCCGGCGACAUGUCCUCCCACUUGCUCACCAGGAUCACGGACGUGCGCAACUUGAUCACCUACCAGUUUACCGAGGACGCGGGCCCUAUGGCGCAUCCGAUCCGCCCUGAGAGUUACAUAUCCAUGGACAACUUCUACACCACCACCGUCUACGACAAGGGUGCCGAGGUUAUCGGCAUGUACAAGACCCUGCUCGGUAAGGAGGGCUUCCGCAAAGGCAUGGACCUCUACUUCCAGCGCCAUGACCUCCAGGCGGUCACCUGCGACGACUUCCGCGCUGCCAUGGCUGAUGCCAAUGGCGUUGACCUGACCCAGUUCGAGCGCUGGUAUUACCAGGCUGGCACUCCCCAGGUUGAGGUACUCGAGGCCGUGCGCGAGGGUGAUGAGUUCCGUCUGCGUUUGAAGCAGCACACGGCCCCCACUCCACGUCAGGAAAUGAAGCUGCCGUUCCACAUCCCCAUAAAAUUGGGUCUCGUGGGAAAGACUUCUAAGAAGGACCUGAAGGGCACGGUUGUGGUGGAGCUCCGUGAGGACGAAGAGACGUUCACGUUCAGCGGUAUCGACGAGGAUUGCGUGCUGUCAUUCAACCGCGGAUUCUCGGCCCCAAUUAAGGUGAAAUACGAGCAGAGUGACGAGGAUCUUCUGUUUUUGAUGGCCCACGACACCGACGGAUUGAACCGCUGGGAGGCGGGCCAGCGUAUGCGCACCAAGGUUAUUCUCGCAAACAUCGAGCAGGCUUCCGCCAUCAACGAGUCCAUUUUCGAGUCCAUCAAAACCAUACUGGCCUCUGAUCUGGACAACAACGAGAAGGCCCUGUGCAUAAUGCUUCCGGACAUUCAGGCCCUGGUUGCGGAGCUCGAAACCUACGACCCCUACAAGCUCUGGGAGGCCACGCGCCGCGUGCGCAGGUCCAUUCUUGAAAAGUGUGAACCCGAAUUCAUGCGCCACUACGAGAGCCUGCGUUCGGAAGUGGACACUUUGGAGAAGGAUGACAUGGCCCGUAGGUACUUGCGCAACACGUUGUUGGGCUACCUUGUAUGCCGUGGCGACGCGGCUGCGGUUGAGCUUGCGCUGAACCACUACCGCGCUGCACGCACCAUGACGGACCGUUACAGCGCAUUCAUCCAGCUGAUGAACAUGGAUUUCGCCGGAAAGGACGCCAUUGUGGCCGACUUCUACGAACGAGCCAAUGGCUUCGCAUUGGUGAUCGACAAGUGGUUCACUGCUCAGGCCAUUAGCGACGCCGCGGACUGCUUGGAGCGCGUUAAGGCCCUGGCUGCCCACAAGGAGUUCACGAACACCAACCCCAAUCGUGCAAACUCCCUGGUGCGCGCUUUCACGCGCAGCGUGCGUUUCCACGACCCUUCGGGCGCGGGUUACAAGUUCUUGGCCGACCAAAUCCUCGGCGUCGACUCGAUCAAUGCCCACGUGUCGUCGCACCAGGCGAUUCAUCUAACGAAGUUCAAGAAGCUGGACGCGGCGCGUCGUUCCCUCAUGAUAGCUCAGCUGCAGCGCAUCAUCAACACCGCCAGCAUCUCCAAGAACCUGUACGAGGUCGUCCAGAAAUCAUUGGAUUACGCCAAGGAACAGGGGUUCACAAAUUAG